UUUGUUUUGCUCGCGUUUGUUUGGAUUUUUUUUCCACCAGCAUUCUCAGCGGAUCCAGAAGCUCGUACUGUCACGCCUCAGUGCGGGGAUCCUGCAAAGAUGAAAUGGAUGUUUAAAGAGGACCAUUCCCUCGAGCACCGAUGUGUGGAGUCAGCCAAAAUACGCAACAAAUACCCGGACAGAGUACCGGGCGGCUUCCUGUUUGGCCUCCAGGUGAUCGUGGAGAAGGUCUCCGGCUCCCAGAUAGUCGACAUCGAUAAGAGGAAGUACCUGGUGCCGUCGGACAUCACGGUGGCCCAGUUCAUGUGGAUCAUCAGGAAACGCAUCCAGCUGCCUUCGGAGAAAGCCAUCUUCCUCUUUGUAGACAAAACAGUCCCCCAGUCCAGUCUGACGAUGGGCCAGCUGUACGACAAGGAGAAGGACGAGGACGGCUUUCUGUACGUGGCGUACAGCGGAGAAAACACGUUCGGUUAACGCCUCACCGAGCAUCCAGCCUUCUCCCUCACACACACACACACACACACACACACACGGCCUGACAGCAACAUGGGCCUUCACUUGUGGUACUCCAGUAACGCCCACACACACUUCAGUUUUCGAUACUGAAAUAUCUAAAUCUAUUGGGUUAAACAAAAACAAAAACAAAAUGCUCCAUUGCUUUGGGUCUAGUUUGGAUGAUUAGACACACAGAGAAAAUACUCGACUGUUAAGGACAGAGAAAUCUGAAACACUGCCGUUGAAUCCGAUACACACGUCAGACGCACCUGAAUGAAAAAUAGUAUAUAAAAGCAGGAAAACAACCUCCGUCCUCCCUCCCAUGUUUGCUUUGUUUCUGUUCUUUUGUGUUCAUCCAAAGCAUGAAGGAAACAGUGGUCUUUGGCGCUUUAGACUCAAGUGGAUGAAAAGUGGCCUGAUGGCUGGUUAAACGGGUGUCAGUGCUUCCUCAGUUUGGCUGGUUUAUAUUUGCACAUUGUGAUUGUUGAUUCAGGAUCCAGAGCGCAUGAGGAUUCAAACGUUACUUGAAGCUAGCUGUGCUGAACUGUGAUAUUUGUCUGCCGGCAGGAAGAAAGCAUAUUGUUCUGCAGAAUCUCAGUCAUUUAAGACACGACAGAAAAGCGAAGAAACAGUAAUAAUGAUAAAUGCUACUUUUAUUCCUGCUACAUACGAGCAAAGAGAGGGCGAGGUUAGCUACUGCUCCCUUCUGAUCCGUGUUUGGAUCUUUCUGCACCAUUAGAUUAUAAAUCCAUAAUUUAUUUGGAAGGAUUUUAAUGAAGUGUCUCAGAAUAUGUAGGAUAAGAAAAAAAAUAAUGGAAGACUCAAAUUUGCUUUCAAUUUUCUUUUGUUAACCGUUAGUUUUAUUUUUUGUUUGUUUAAUUUUUGCAUUUGUCAGUCUGACAGAAGUUUGUUUUUCGCAGAUAGUAUUUGUUAAGCACUUUAAGUUGUUAUAGGCACAUUCACUCUAAUAACACAAAGUUUAUUUUUCUUAAACUUGUAUGCUAAACUAUCAUGAUGAUGUUCAAAGGUUUGAUGAAACUUUCAAGCCUUUGUGAUACUUUGCUGGGAUUUUGGCCCAAAACCUGUUGGUCAGGAGUUUAAAAGUGAUCAUACAACCCUUUUUUGCUAAUCUUUCAAUGCUUUUCUUCAUGAUGUACAACUCUAAUCAUUUUUUGUUUUAAAAAAGUGGAAAAUUUGACUUUUUAAGCUUUUUUGCCCAUUAGGUCAGAAUUAACGGUGCAGGUUCAAUCAUUUAUUUAUUUCUCAUAAGAAAGAUUGGAAAUGUAUUUUGUUUGCCAGCCAUGAUCAUUAAAGCAACAGAAAUAAACAUUUAAAAUGUGUCACUAAAACGGCAGUAGAUUUUUUUAAUUAUUUUUUUUAAUAUAUAUAUAUUUUAAUUAAUUAAAACAGAUCACUAACCAUCCACCAGCAAAGUUAAUUGGCUUUACAUUUACCUUGUUAUUGUUUGACACUAUAAAAUGAUCUCCGGGUACCGAUAACGGCAACCCAAGAACCACCAGCGGUACCGCUCUGGUCACAGCUUGGAGCCUGGUACGGUUCUGUGGUAGACAUAUAGAGCAGACAUACCCUAAAAGGACAUUUCGAAGCAGAAGAAAACAAAUUUGUGACCUAAAAUCUUAAACUGCUGAGAGCUCUAAAAGCUUCAAACAAGUGACUUCUGGCCAUGAAAUGUUGUUUAGAGACACGAGAGAAAAGUUCUGAUUUUUGACUAUUGAGGGGGAAAUUGAAGCCAUACUAAACAGCUCGCAUGCAGUCAUUAUACGUGUUCAUUUUUUUUACACUUUCUCCUCGUAUUUCUACACUUCUGUUACUGAAGAGUAAACUCUACGCUAAUAAUCACAUACCUUCAGAUUAUUUCUUAUUUUUUUGUGCCAUUUUAGCUUGACAAGAAGCACCCAAAGAUCAGCAGAAAAGAGAUUUUUUAAAAUGGGAUUUGUCACAACAUGUUGCUGAUUUAUUUAUUUAUUUGUAUACUUUACAGCAGAAAUCACCAAUCAUGCAGUCACAGAGAAAUAGUUUUUAAUGAUCUUGCUAGAGACAUGAUUUCUCUGGUUUAUAAACCUCUCUUCUCUCAGACGAAGCUGGCUGACAUUUUAACAGCUGUAGUUUGUUUUGGUGCUGAGAAAUCAUAGCUGAGCCUCACAAAAAUGAAGCCGCCGUUGAAAAAUACUGACUGAACGAGGAGGAGUGUUGUCCAUUGUUCUUCCAUCGUUAUUAGUUACACGUUGCAGAUGUGAAGGGAUUUUCCACAUUUGUAAAAUGUAUGUAGCCAAAUGAAGUGAUCAAUAAAAAUAAUAAGCUGAUUUGGAAGUCUGUCUUCUUAAUGGUUGUUUGGUUGUUUUUAACUCUGUAUGUCUAUGAUGAGUUACAACAUUGCUAGUUUGGGUGACUAUUAUCAGAUUUUCACGUCGAUGUGAUGAAACGACGCCCGACUCUUCAGUUUAGUCCGUUGAAGUUCCCAGAUUCUUGUUUCUUUCUGUCUGGAUGACGGAGUUCAGAUGUUUGCAAAGCAUCCUGUCAUCUUCCCAUUUUGAUCUGCACCAUCAACAGAUCCUUCCCUAGGGUUACUGCUGAUGUCUUUCCGUCUUGGCGUUUGGUUACCAAACACCUGAUGACAAUUAAUCAAUCAACGCGUUUAAUUGGCAGCACCUGGCCAGGUAGAUUCAGUUUUUAACGCAGUUUGGCUUUAUUUUUGGCUUAUUUGGGGGCCAUUACCAUUAUUAAAUUGAAUAGGAUUUCAGAUCUUUGCGUAACUUUUCUUCAGGUUAACUUAAAAAGUGAACUAUUAUUGUUACAGGUUAGUUUCCUAAACUACAAAAAAGUAACUGUUAGGGACGCUCAAAAAGGAAAAACUGGACUGAUAUUGAUAUCCGAUAGUAAAACCGCUGUUAUGCCAGAUUUACCAAUACUUUAUUUUAUAAUUUUUUUUAUCCGAUAACUCGAUUAAUCGUAAGACUAAUCGAUAGAUGACUUGAUUACUAAAAUAUCUGUUUACAACAGCCCUAGUCCAAUCUAAGGAAAUCCAAGAACAGGUAAGACGUCAAUGACUGCUACUAGUCUGGAAACGAAUACGAAGCCGUUUGUGAGGCUUUGGGGCAGCAGGGAACCACGCUGAGAGACCCGGAGCAGCCAACCAACUAAAAUAACUCCUAGAGCAUCUAAACUCUGCUGACCUCACCAGCCUCAGGU